AUGUCAUCAUGGCAGACGCUGUCAUUUGAACAAGCCACAAAUUAUUCCGUGUUAGCGAAUAUAUUCCACACCCAAACUGCUGCGGCCAUUUCAAGACACUUGAAUGACUUUUUACCCUUUAAAGGCGAAUUUCCCUUAUAUUUUGCUCGAAUUUCUCCAAGCGGCCAUGAUCCAAAGUUAGAGGUGGUGUGGAAUGUUUAUCUACGCGCCCAUAAUCCCAACCGCGCGAUGUUCGUUGUUGCCAUCGUCUACAGCAAGGAAUUCCCUCGGAAUGAUGUUGAGGCUUACCUAAGGGUACCGGAUCCUUCUAAAAUGUACGUUAAAUACCCAAACCCUUUGCUAGAUCGUAAUGGUCGAAUUCAGUUGAACGCGGCCCAAUUGCUCUCAUUGGAGAGGCACCCGUAUUCUAUUCGAUCGAUUCUUAUCGUGCUUAGUCGUCAGUUCGAACGCAAUUUCCCUUAUGAGUAUAUUCCAGUUCCAGGUGCGUCUAAUUUUCCAGACACUCAUCCCUUUGCUCCAUUAGCACCCAACAACAAAACCCCAGAGUCUUUUACUGGUAUCCAAAACGAGAAGCGUCUCGAGGAUAUUGCUGAAAAGGUCCUCAUAGACAUCAACCAAAAGGCAUCCCAGUAUAUUAAUACGCGCAAGCAAUCUAUCCAGUACUUGAAGACACUUCGCGCGCAAAAUGAGAGGUUGGAAAAAGCAAAGGCGGAUCUUUUAAACCAUAAACAGAUGCUCUCAGAGUAUUUACCUAACGUUGGGAAUGUUCGAACUCUCAUCCAGCAACUCAAAGGCCGUGAGGAUACGAUCGAGGAGCACGCCAACUCCUUGAUCGCAGGCGAUACACUGCAGGCGAAAGCAUUAGAACUUGUAGUGGAUAGCCUCGCUCUGGACGAUAUGAUGGGUUUACUGGAUGAUGCUCUGAAGUCCGAGAAGCUUUCUUGUGAGGAGUACGUCAAGCUCAUUACCGAUCUCGGUCGUGAACAGUUCUUUGCUCGUUUUGUGUAUCAAAAGAUUCAACCACAGCUCACCACAACCCAGAGUACGUCUGCCUUUUCUUCGAAUUCGAAAAUGCCUGGCCAUUCCACCGGACCAAAUCUCCCUCAUGAAAUUGCUCCAUCUAUACCCAAGAGACUUUCUCCAGAAGAUGUACUUAAAAGAGAAUUCCCAAAAGCAGAUAUGGGAAUUAUUCAUGAUGUUCUUUCGAACUUAAAUAACGAUAUUGGUGCCGCGUCCGCACAGCUAAAAGUCAUGUUUCCAUAG